AUGGCAGCCUUCUCUCUAUCCGCUAUACUAUUCGCCCACGGGCUCGUUGCUGUUGCCACCCUGCAAGUGAGACCAGCCGAGCAGAACGUCUUGGCGUCCUCCGAGACCUUCUCGAGCACCAGUGCCUACAAGGUCCAACAUGAGUAUCCUUUCCGGCCAGGUUCCCUCAAAACGGCUCAAUUGAAGCUGACGUUACUGUCCAGGUUGAAGAAGGCCGAGAUCAUCCCCACAGUGAUUGACGAAUUCUUCCCUUCCUUCAUCCUCGACGCUUCGUGGUCGUCAGACGACUAUGCGUCUCUUGGAAACACUCUCAAAGUGAAGAAGAUACAAAAGAAGCCGAAGAUCUUAUUGAGUCAAGAUCCGUCGACUUCAACAACUCUUUGCAAUCCCAAUGUGACAUACGCCGUCACUCUGACCGACCCUGAUGCCCCGUCUCGAGACAACCCAAAGUGGGCCGAGAUGUGUCACUUCAUCGCCAGCGGUUUCGCCACCACCUUAUCGUCAGAUGACAGCUGCUCAAGCCUUGAGCUGACGAAUCUCACCGAUAUCAUGCCAUAUAAGGCCCCCGGACCACCACCCAAGACCGGCAAGCACAGAUACGUCUUCCUAGUGUUUGCGCCGGCGAACAGCACCACCAGUCCUUUGAACCUGACGAAGCCCGAAGAUCGGCAACACUGGGGUACGGGGAAGCAAAGGCACGGAGUCAGAGACUGGGCUCAUGAAAAUGACCUGGUGCCAGUUGCUGCCAACUUCGUAUAUGCUCAGAACAAGAAGCAAUAA